UUACAAUAACUCUAUAUGCAUAAUACCAAAUUACAACGAAUUACAAUUUUACAUUAUAUUUAUUUUAGUACACAGAUGUGAAUAGUGAAUCAAACGAAUCACCUCGCAUGUGUCGGUUUGGUAAAACGCGUUUGUUCAGAAGAGUCGACUCAGUGAAGUGACUCGUGAUGGAGAUCUCUAACUCCUCCCUGUGCCAAGUGAAACAGACGGAGCGGACCGCAGGCAGUCCUCCUUGUGUCCGUAGAGCAGAUCAGUGAUCCUCAGAGCUGAUGGCGAACCGAGGGCCGAGUUACGGCCUGAGCCGUGAGGUGCAGGAGAAGAUCGAGCAGAAAUACGACGUGGAGCUGGAGGCUCGACUCGUGGACUGGAUCGUGGCUCAGUGUGGAGAUGACCUGCAGCGCCCGCAACCUGGCAAACAGAACUUCCAAACCUGGCUCAUGGACGGCACGAUUCUGUGCCGACUCAUUAACAGUCUCUACCCGAGCGACAUGCGGCCCAUAAAGAAGAUUCCUGAAACCAAGAUGGCCUUCAAGCAGAUGGAGAAAAUCUCUCAGUUCCUGCAGGCGGCAGAAGAUUACGGCGUUACCAGAGGAGACAUUUUCCAGACUGUUGACCUGUGGGAAGGGAAGGACAUGGCUGCUGUCCAGAGGACACUCAUGGCUCUGGGAAGUGAAGCUCUCACCAAAGACGAUGGUCAUUACCAUGGCAACAAGGACUGGUUCCGCAGGAAAGCUAAAGGCCACAGGAGGGAGUUCUCGGAGGAGCAGCUGCGUCAGGGUCGCACUCUGAUCAGCCUGCAGAUGGGCAGUAACCGCGGUGCGUCUCAGGCGGGUAUGACGGGCUAUGGCACGCCGCGACAGAUAAUGCGCUACGACUCGCCACGCCGCAACGGAGAACAAAGCUCCCCCUAAAACUCCACUCUCCAUGGUACAACCCAGAACCCCAAAUCAGAUCCAGAGCUCUUCCUUUUUAAUUAUGUUACAUUUUUCCUCACAGAUUUCUGUCCAUACUCUCUGAAUAUUCAUUUUCUCACUUAUAACUUAUAAUAAUUCACACCUUGUGCUCCUUCAGCAAUGAAACAAUCAGAAAUAACUCGAUGUUUAAAAUUAUAUUGUGAAGUACAAAAUUCUAACGCGUUGUCGCUAACACAUGCUUUCAGUUAACCACGAGGCUAGAAAAAGCCGCGAGCUAGCUCGUCUGUUCAACACUGACAGGAAAUAAACCACUGGAUUUUAGUAAACAGCAAUAUUAAGCAGUUCUUUAGUUACCACGUGUUUAACAUGGAGUUGCUAAGUAGCUUGCUAAUUGGCUAAAUCUGUUCACGUGCUAGUCAGUGACCUGCUCUCUUUGCAUUAUUUUUUUCCCCAUUCAGUGAAGCGAAAGAUUGCCCUUCUUCUUCUUCUCCUCUUCAGAGAACAAUAAGGAUUUUGUUAGCAAUAUAUAAUAAAAGAAAAAAAUGAAAAAAUAAAAAUUUUAAAAAUUUAAAGGACAGAAAAGAUUUUUUAAAAAAACUGCACGUGUGCAUGUGCACAUGGACACAUCAAAAACAAAACAAAUUUAACACAAAACAGGGAUGAAUACAUGGGAGAGAAAAAUAAAAUAAAAUAAAAUAAAUAUACGUCUAAUAGAGCGUCUGGCCCCGACAUGGCCUCCUCGAUAAAAAUCAAGACCGUUUUUUUUUUUUUACUACAGCUCAGGGGAAUGAGAAACCUGUGGACAAAUAACGACAAAUCAAACUCACGUUAGCUCACAAGCUAUAAAGGAAGCCGUUAGCCUAGCCAUGUGUACUGUAGUAUUCAUGGAAUAAAUACCACACCGUAAGAGUACUGAUCUGGAAUUAGCGCAACAUGAAGAGCUAAUUUCUCGAUCAGUUCUCAGAUAAACACCAAACAGUUUCAUGCUAACAACAAGGUGCCAAGUUAGGUUAUAAGAACAAACCUGUUAAAAACAUUCCUGUACAAAUUUGAGAAGCAUGGCACAAACACCUUUAGUGCUAGAAGCCUCCAGAAAACUUAAAAGUAUCUCAGGAGUUUGUGGUUAAGGAGCUAAAGUUAGCAAAGUACGGUUUUGCUAGAUAGCAAAAGUCACCACAGGAUUAUGUUGCUACCUAGCUAAAUUUACCACAAGAGGUUACUACACACUAGCUAAAGUUACCAAGAGGUUAUUGACAGCAUGUAAAGUGGGCAUGAAAGGAUACAACAUGCUAGCUAAAGUUACCACAGGCUUAUUGCUAAUUUGGUAACGUACCAGUAGGAGUUUAUUGCCAACAAGCUAAUCUUACCACAAGUAGUUAUUAUUAGCUGUCUAAAGGUACCACAGGACAUUGCUAGCCAAACUUACCACAAAUAUUUAGUGCUAGCUAGCUAGCUAAAUUAACCACAAGUAGUUAUUAUUAGCAGUCUAAAGGUACCACAGGAAGUUGCUAGCUAAAGUUAUCACAGAGUUAUUGCUAGUUGGCUGAUGCUCAUUGCAAGACAGCUAGAGCUAUUUUGCUUAAUUUACUACAGGUUACUGCUAGCUAGUUAAAGUUACCAACAAAUGUUACUGCUGGAUGCUGGAUUUUUUCCAGAUCAUUUUGUUUCCUGCUCAAAAUGUUUAGAAGAAACUGGGUAUAAAAUCUUCAGUAUGUGGCCUUGAUAUAGGAUACUUAAGGCUAGAACUUCAUCAUUCCCUGAUAGUAUUAAUAAUGUGUGGAUUCGUGAUAUUUUAUUCUUAUUUCUACAUGGCACUACACAAUAACGUGACCACAUCGUGUUUAAAUUGUGGCUUCAAUGUCUUAAAAAGCCAUAGUGUUUUCCUUAAUUCCUUAAUAGAAGCCAUAUGAAGCUGUUGCACUUUGGAGCCAUCUUUAAAUUAAUUUUUUCAGACAGGAUUGCACUGUCAUACGUUUAUUUUUUUUUGUUGAAGAUUCACAUUUUUGGGUCUAAUUCCAAAUGGAAGAAUGUCAUGAUGUCAUGCUGUGUCUCAAAUGUAUUACAAACUAGCUAAAGUUACCACAGGAUCUUGCUACUAGCUAGCUAAAGUUACCACAGGAUUCUCCUGCUACUUAGCUAACAUUAAUGCAGGAUUUUCAUGCUAGCUAGCUAACUAAAGUUACCACAGGGUUCUACUGCUAGCUAGCUAACAUUAAUGUGGGAUUUUCAUGCUAGCUAGCUAGCUAAUGUUACCUCAGGUUUCUACUGCUAGCUAGCUAACAUUAAUGCGGGAUGUUCUUGCUAGCUAGCUAACUAAAGUUAUGACAGGUUUCUACUGCUAGCUAGAACAAAGAAGUUAAAUCUAGAACCCUUAAGAUUUCUUUGCGUUUCUCUGAGGUAAUCCUUUAUGGAGAACCCUACAACCGAGUAUUUUUCACUAUAUGAAAGAGUUACAAAUAAAACCUGUUUAGGAAGCUAGGAACCCUUAACUAUCCUUUAACAGUUUAGUGCACACAAUUAAUACGUGGAUGAUGUGCUAGAACCCUAGAGAACAUUUAAAAUUAAUUAACAAGUUCGAUUGAGACUGUUUGAUUCGAGGCGUUACUGCACUACAAACAUAAAUCAGUUCUUAAGGGUUCUUCAUUUUGUCUUUAAAUAGAAAUCCUUAAAGGUUCUAUCAAAGAAGCACACAACUAUUUGAAAAGCCUCCAAGUAAAAGCCCCAUUAGAAAGCAAAACCAGUCCAAAGAACGCUCGAUGAACCCUGUUUUCAGAGUACUAAAUAAUGUUAUAGUGAAGAGUGUGUGAUUUGAGACAGAGCCGCUACGCUGCCGUAUUUUACGUUAUAAUCAUCAGCCUUUAAUCGUUGUGGUUCCGUUCUUAGAAACCGGAACCUGUUAGAUAUCCGGGACCUUUCCAACAUUCCACAACAGAUUGUUAUGAUGUCACAGUGAUGGAUGUGUGUCUGAGGUAGUGAGCUUGGAAUGAUGUCUCCCUCACUGUUCCCUACGCUAGUAACUCAAGAGCACUACGUAGCGCAAUGUAGGGAACUGAGCGAGUAACGGAUCGUGUGCAGGCACGUUCCGUCAUGUAAACCCGAGUUGGUUAUUUACGCUUAAUCGCAGCUGCAGUCAUAAUCUACAAUCUACAUACAUGAACUUAUAAAUACAAAUUUUAUGAUCGUGAUUUGUAGGAAAUUCAUUUUAAGCACAACACGGAUACAUUAUGUGCAUGUGUUUAAAAUGAAUAACUGAGAGAAAAUAGAAAAUGUUAUGUAACUGUAAUUGUCUUUGCCAAGCAAUAUUUAUUUUAUAUAUAUAUAUAUAUAUAUAUAUAUAUAGCAUCAGUGUUGUUCAUAUGUACAUUUGCUCUUGAUUUUUAUUUUCUCCCCCUAAUAGUUUCCUUACAGUCAGAUGAAAAUAUUUAAUUUUUCUCACAUGCUGAACCAUGUAUUUAUGUCUUUUUACACUUUUUUUUUUUUUACACAGUCUUUAAAUGUAAGGAAAGGUGAUGAAAUAGUUAAAAUGAUUGUGCGGUUUUACAGUAUUAAAAAAAACAGCGUUUAAUAUUGUUGGAGUAGGUAUGUGCUGAUUUUCCAUGCUGUAACAACUUUGUUUGUGUUGUAAAAACUGUUUAAAAGGCAUGUGUGUCUGCGUGAGUACAACUACUGACAGGCUUAAGGUAAAAAUAACAACUUUGCAUAAAACAAACAAACAAACAAACAAACAAACAAAAAAAAUACAGCAGUCACUGGAUCUGAAAAUUAUAUAAAAUCUGAAGUGAUACUGUUUCAGACCAACAUCAUCUGAUAGACAGUAUUAGAUCUAUAAACACUAAAAAAUAUAAAUAUGGUUGCAUCAUGUGUCAGUAAUUAGAAAAAACUUAUCGUUGCUUCCUAUCACUGUACAGGUUUAAAUGCUUUGUGAAAUGUCAAUAAAUUCGUUCUAAUUCCUA